AUGGGCAGAGUUGAUGUAAUUGCUGUGGAUGGCAGUCCUCAGGCACAUUAUGCUUUUAAUUGGUACCUGGACAACCUGUAUCGGGAAGGUGACACUGUGGUUAUAGUUCAUGUUGCUGAAUACAACAUCCAUAUUGGCUUGCUGUUGACUGAUGAAUACAUGCACAUUCUCAGAAAUAAACAUAUACCAGCUCAUCUGCUAGUACUGCAAGGAGAUAAACCAGGCGAGGAAAUUAGGAAAGCUGCAGUUAAGGAGAAUGCAAGUUUGAUCAUCCUGGGCACACGUGGUCUUGGCAAGAUGAAACGCACAUUAAUAGGCAGUGUUAGUGAAUAUGUAUUGCAUCACUCAACUUGUCCUGUCACAGUUGUCCGUCACCCAGAAUAG